AUUUAUAAACAAGCUCCUGUUGAUUUCUACAUGAUACAUCAUACAUAUUAGUAUUAUUACACCUAUCAGUAUCAGGAAAGACCAAUUUUUUCUAUCUGAAAAGUUGGCUAUAUCGACCAGCCAAGUGAAAUAAAUGGAAAAAAUUGAUAAAACAGUUUUGAGGUUGCACGAGGAAAAGAACUAUGAUGAACUUGAGAAGUUUCUGUCAUCUCUUAGCCUCGACGAUAUCAGUCUGCUCAUAGAUCGGCGAGUGCUUAGAGGCAAUGGCGACCCUGCAGCGCUAAUCAGGGCCUUGUUUUUAGCAUCUCCAAGCAAGUUUGGUGAGGGUAUUGCGAGACGGAUUCACGUUUACAAACAUGUGGUCGGACUACUGCGUCAGGAUGCAAUGUCAACUUCACUCGCCUCGGAGGUGAUAGGAACACUGCUCCUGGAGACUGAUGGAUUUUCAGCAAACAGUCUGGCAGAAUUGGCAGAGAUGUUCCUUGAAAUCAUCAGGAACAUUGGCAACAUUGUGUCAUCUGAAAAGUGCCAGUGGCUGGAGUUGUUUCCUAAGCUUCUGUCGAGCAUCAGUCGCCAGGAUAAGGUCCUGUACAACAACAAUGACAUGCCGGGUGCCGAGUACAAGAGCCACGUGCUGAACCGCCUCUGUUCGGCCAGGUGGGAUGCAGAGCUGGUCAUUCAGCUGACCACAAUGUUCAGGGACAUAGACAUGAGCAGUGAGGAGCUAAGGUUUGUCAUUGAGAAGCUAGUGAGGAUGUUUGGUGACCUAGAACUACAGAAGUUACCUGCUGUGGUCUAUCAGCUGCUACUGCUCUCCACGAAGGGUCACAAGAGGUGUACCCUGGAGGGUAUAAUAAAUUUCUUCAACGAGCAGGAUAAAAAAGUUUCAUCUCAACACAGAAGCAGUGAAGCAAUAGAAGUGGAGGAGGAAGGAAAUACAGUAGAGCAGUUGAGACAGGUGGAGGGCACUGUUUCCUUGUACAUCAUAUUCACGAUCAAGCAAGAUCAGGAGCUAGGACGAGAAUACAUAAAAUAUUUGAAGGCUAAUCAACAAAGUCCAAGUAGAAUUCUAUCACCCUUCAAUGUUGCUCUAGCAUUGUCUGUAGGGCAAAUUCAUCGCUUUGAAGAUCAGCUGUUUGACUUCCUCAAGGGCUGUAUCAUCAAGAGCUACAAGGACUGCGAGAGAUGCAGCGACAGCGAGUGGCUGCAGGGACUUGUCAGCCAGGACUGUGACGUCACACCCGGCAUUGUGCAGGCCAUCACAAAUAGUUCAUAUGGAUGGGAUCACGUGACACAUGGCUUGGUGCACGUAGGAUUUCUGCUCAUGGACACAUAUGGCCCAAAGGCGGCAUUUGGCAAAACUACUAUCUCUCCUGCAUACUUCAUCACCCCGGGAGGGAGAGCGUGCAAGCUGGGAGCAGUUGUCUUAUUAGAGACUUUCAAGCUGCACAAGAUCGUCCGUGAAGAUAUCCUAGAACAAAUUCUUAACAGACUAGUUACCAAAGCAACAAGUCCAGCUCACCACUACCUUGACCUGCUGGCUGCCAUCGUCCGCUGUGGACCGCAGCAGCUGCUUGAAUGGUCGCAAAAGGUGCGAGAGGUAUUCGACUACCUGUCUCUGUUGCCCGCGACAACGAGCUGCCGCUUCCUCACGGCGGUGCAGCCAUUGAUGAAGCUGAGCAUGCCGCUGAAAGAUGCGCUAAUGAUCGUGCUGAGGAAGGGCAUGUUCUCCAGUCACCUGGAAGCAAGAAAGAUGGCUGUAAAUGGAUAUCUGCAAGUUCUGAAGAAUUUCAAGGUACUUGGCACGAUUCCAGGCAGUCAGCAAAGUCAGUCGUCCUCAUCAGGGAGUUGGUUCAGCCAGAUACAAGCGGAUGUCCACUCACGACCUAACCCAAAGGCAAACGAGGCUCUGUGUCUAGAAAUAAUCGCCAGUCUGAGAAAGUGCUUCAAACAGCAGGCAGAGAUUCGAACACUCCUCUACGAGGGUAUCCCGGUCGUUGUGAGCAGCAAUGCUGAACUGUGCGGGCCAGCGCUAGAACUGCUACUCACACAUCUACGUGCUUACUACGUGAGCGGGGACGAUGUACUGCCACCCGUCAGUCUGGAACUCUGCGUUGCAACGCAGGGAGAUGUCGUCACCUGCAAUGAACCCCUGGGUCACUUGCUCGCAAGCAUCGUACAAAUCCUAGAAAAGGUUGCAGAGAAAACCUCCAGCGGGGGAGAAGACGAUGAAGGUGAACAGACGGACCUGGAAGCGCUGCAGCUAGACUGUGAGGCAGUGCUGAAGUCUCUAUCCAGCAGAAUGGUCAACGCAGAACUGGAGGACUUUGAGCUGGACAAGUCUGCUGACUUUAGUACAAACAACACUGUAGGCCUAAAGAACCACAUAUUCGCAAGUCUGGUGCUGGGAAUUUACGAAGUGUCAAUGGAAUUCACAUUUGUAAGAGGAAAGUACAGCCGUGAGUCGUGCGAGAUGGUGCUGCAGCUGUACGAAUGCUACAGCCGACUGGCAGAGGUGCUGCGGGAGAAAGGCACCGCAGGAAGGAAGGGCGGCGACGCAGAGAAGAAGGGCCGACCAGCCGCUGCGGUGAAGCCACUUGCCACACCCACCAGCCUGCUAACUCUGCGAUGCGUUGCCACGAUGCUGAAUGGUCUAUUCUGCGAUGUCAACCCAGCUAGAGCUGCAGGCCUGGCAGUAUUGCGGGGUAAUGCUGACUUUGUGCGACACCUGGUCAGUGUAUCACUGCAGAAGGGGCAGCAUCUAAGCACCACUCUGCAAGUGAACACGAAACCAUCGAAGGAAGAUAACACAUUCCAAUCCUGCUGCAAGAUUGCCAAGUCGCUGCUGACGCAUUACACGGACAGUGGUGGCACAGCCAGCCAGCGACCACGGCAGCCGGAGAGCGAGAGGCAGAGACGAGCCGUGCUGCUCAUGUGCGUGGAGGGGUGCUCUGCCAUGAUAACUCUCAUCACGACCUUCUAUAAAGACAGAGUGACAGAAUUCCUGAACCACAUCGCCGGCGACAGUUCGGCAGGAGACGUUAGUAAAGACGUCCAUGUCUAUGCACAAAUUAAGCGCUUCCAGAGACUCAUGGCAGCUGUACUUGCAACGGACGAAGACAGUAACAGAAUGAAGGAAGUGGUGUAUAUUGUGAAUGUGAUUUCGCAACUCGCUACAGAACUGGAAGCUACUGAACAGCAUUAUGUACAGCUUCACAAGUGGGUGCAGCAGGUCUGUCAGGAACGCCAGCUGGAAGACCUAGCAGUCCUCAAGCCUCUACUCGCCUUGCUGUUCCGCAUGACCGGUCGACUGACCAGCGGUGUGGUUCUUGCUCUAGAGCUGGCACAAGACAUACAUGUGCAGCUGAAGGAUAUUGACCAGGCGAUCGACGUGAGAGACGGAUCUCAUUUUGCGUUCGUCACGCCGCGCACGGCGGCGACGGUGCUAGCCGCGCUGCUGCUGCGCGUCGACAGGAUGCUGGAGGAUGCGGAGUGGGUGGUCACUGUUGCCCGCGGCAACGUUGCGCCGUCGGCCGGCGCUCGUGACGCAGACGUGGACGCAGCGGGCGCGACGCAGCGUGAGGGACGCGAGAAGCACGUCAGUCUGCAACUGGGCAACCUCGUUAACUGCCUGUGCGAGCUGGUGCAGGCGGCCGUGCCGGGCAGCGCCGGCCAGGACGCGCUCAUACGCACCGUCGCCCGCAUGUACGCGGCGCUCACCAACUUCACGAAAUACUAUAUCAUGCUGUACAAGCAGCACGCUGGACAUUUGUGUCCACGCUACGAGAAGCUUGUUCGACUGUCAGGCACAAAUCUCACCAAAAACGUCUACCCAAUGAUUAACUACAUACAGACGGUCCGGUUGGAAAGCAUUCAGCAGAAGGCAGCUAAACCCGAAAAGGCUGGAAAGAAGAAGGGUGGAGUUGGAGAGGCAGGUGGCGCUGCUAAAUCGGUUGUUCUCAAGGAGAGCCACACGAUACCCAACCUGAUAUACGCAAUAGAGCAAUACGAACGAUACCUGAUCCAGUUGUCUAAGAAGUCGAAGGUUAAUCUGAUGGAGCACAUGAAGGCUAGCACAGCAAGAGACUUCAGGAUUGAUGCAAGCGCUGUGCAAGCUGCCCUGGAGGAUCAAUCUGACGAUGAUGAUGAAAAUGAUGAUGAUAAUGAUGACGACGCCAACAAUGUUAAUGUGGCGGUGGAGCAGCAGGAUGUAAUGGAAGGGGAGGAACAGGUACAGGAGCCGCCAGCUAAGAGACCAUGCCCAGAAAAGUCACAGCCUGAACCUCCAAGCAAGAAAGCAAGUAAACUGAGCAAACGAAAGAAGUAAGAAGUUUCGGGAAAGAGUUUGUUGUGCUGUUUGUCGAAACUUCUAAAGUGAUUUACACUUGUGCUUAUAUCAGAUACUAGUAGUAUGGGAUAUAUAUUCUCCACAAGGCGUAUAGAACUUAUUUGACACCAUUGUAAGAAUGGUAGAGUUCUACAGUGUAUAUUGUACAUAUAUAUGACACUUACUUAUUACAUAAAAUAUAGUGAUUUUUACCAAAUAA